AUGGACCUCAAACAAAAGCCAGAGUCGGCAAGGAGAGCUGGUGAGAAUGGGGGUGAAGAUACUGACCAUGGAGAUUGGCUGUCUGGCAAUAACCUUGGGAUAGUUCCCAAACGGGACUCGGGGGGUUGCCCGACGGCUGCAUCAUCGGCACACAAACGCCAUUUGCCUGAAGGAGAUGGAACAUUGCAGAGUGACAUCCCAAUGCAAUACAAUUACGAACUCUCUUCUUGUUCUUCCUCUAUACCCGCCCUCCCUAGAGCAACGGCCAUGGCGGUUUCCAUUCCCGCCCAUAUGCCAUUAGACUCAAGAAGUCUACAGGUACUGCGAUCGGCCGAUCAUCUACCUCCGAUUACGAAACAGACUCUGAGUGAAUUGGACCUGGACCGCAUCAUGAGGAACGUUAACCUGCGCGUUGACGUGAAUUUCGAUCGUGAUUUAUAUUUCCACCCGGUGGAAGGCAAAAAGGGUGAAGAAAAGGGUCGUCUGGCGAAGCUUUACUGGGAGGCUAUUGCUAUCGAAAUCUCGAUCUACAUGUAUCAUGCGAGAAGUCUUAGUGGCCAAUCCAGCAAUAGUGGGUAUCAAGCAGGCGAACUGCAGGCCUACUUUGAGCCCAGACUACCUCGGUUUCUUGAAACUUUGAAAGAUGUGCUUUGGAGCCUUGUUCCUGAACGCGAUCAUCAAAUCAUCACGGAAAGUCUGGAUGUGCCGUUUAUUUUACAACAAAUUGAAAAGGGUGUCUUGGAUUUAGUCGGCUUAAUGCAGUGGCUCUCGAAGCUAGUGAAGGCGCACUGCGCUCCGAUGAGAGAUGAGCUAGCGAAUAAAAUGGUCAACCAAGUCCAAGAAGGGCUCGAAUUGCAAGACGUGUGUAAAACUGUGCAGGGAUUGACGCUUAUGUUUUCAGUUUUUGAGUGUAUGAAGUUGGACGUUGCCAAUCAUCAGAUCCGGACAUUCAGAUUGUUCUUGAUUAAUGAUACUGUUCGAUUCCUCCAAACUUACUUCCAACGGAGAAUCUCUGAGAAUACAAUUCACACAGAGGGAGCGAAGAAAUGGUUCCACGCUGUUCUGAAGGAUGAGCAAGCCUCGCGUCGGCGAUGGACGCGGCACUGGACCGAGUUCGAUAAUGUUGUAACGGUCUACCGAGGAUUGUCCCAAUUUUUGAUACCAUUUAACCCUCCGGGAGGGCUCCCGGCAACUUUCGAGUUCCAUACCGAUCGACUUUGGACGUUGAGAUCUGACAUCCAGGAUCUUAUCGGAUUUGAACUCUGCACUUACGUCUUCGAUCUUGUGGCCACAAGCCAUAUGCGCCACGUUGCGCGAACUCGAGAAACCUAUGUUAGUCUACGGUCCCAUAUCUGGUCCAUCAUCGAAUGCUCCGGGCAUCAAGAUCCCGCUAUUUUCGAUGAACAAAAAUGGUGCGACAAUGUUAGCCCCAUCGCUCUUGAAAUUGCUCGGAUAAUUUCAAAUCUUGAAGCCAAUAGCAAAGGUAUUAAAACUUCCGUCGUACCAGAUGAACAUGUCCUGCUAUUCGUUGAACGGAUGCUUGAGUCAUGUUUCGACCCUCGUUCUCAGCAGUUUAAACACUUUCAGAUGGUUGUUCAACAACGAUUGGAGGAGGCAACGUUAGCAGCGGCAGAGCGGUACGUGGAUAUGUCUCCCCUGGAAAUGUGCGAAGAUCAGCACCCAUCACAGCCAGACGACAGCUUGCAAUUGCAACCAAAAGACAUCGAUAGUAUAGGGAAGAGGCUCGCCCAUAUCUGCGUGCUGCAUUGGCAUAUAUGGGGGCCGAUUUUAUAUUUCCGCGAUCUGCCUCAGACCCGCGUAUUGUGA